GCCACUCCAAAGGCUCAAACAAUGUGAACCCAAACCCACAAUAUAAUCAAAAAAUUCAUGCCGAAAGCCCCUCCCUUGAACCCCUAAAUCUAAUAUACACACACCAAAACAUACACACAAGAUUAGUAUAAUAAACAAAACAAGGGGUUGCUUGCACGAUCUCUGAAGCAAUAUAAACAUUCAACACAAAGUUCAGACGAGGCUUCUUUCUUUGUGGUUAAGCUUCAAGAGGGUCAAGAAAGAUCAGUUAACAACUAACGCAUUAAAUAAUACCAACGAGAAGAAGAAGAGGUCUUUGAUACUCAGCAUCAUUCUAUCUCUCUUCCUUUUCCAUGGCCGAGGAAAAAAAUGCUAUGCAGUUGAGCACUGAGAUAACUAAGCUUGAUAAAACAAAUCCAAGAAGAAACUCAACAGGUAUUGUGAAAAGAAGCUCUACAGCAAAGUGUAGUUCUCAAAACUAUCUCAGAGCUUCUACUGGGUCGUGUCAUGACUUUUGCAAGUAUGGACGGGAACAGACUUUUGCAGUCCAGGCAAGAAAUCCUAAACCAAAAAGAAUAACAACUUCGCCUGCCAAGAUAAAGCACGAAGAAAGUGAAGUUGUAGUGCAAAAAUCAAAACCAUCAGCUUCGAAGGUUAAACCCUUUAAUACUAAGGUUCACUCACUGAAGCAGAAUUCAGAAAAUGCAGUUAAAGGUGAGAUAUUUAAGACAUCAAAAGUCAAGCUGAAGCCUUCUACUGUAGAUACAGCACACUCACCUGAACCCCCUGAAAUUAUCAAGCGAGAAAUUAUAUUGCCAUCUAAACAACUUAGUGUUUCUCCUAAGCAAAAUUCAUCGGAUACUAAGAUAAAGAUAGACAAAAAGAUGAAGACAACCCCCUCAAAAUGUUUAUCGGAAGUAAAAUCUAAGCCUCUAAAGCCAUCUCCUUCCCCGACGAAGUCAGGAGGUUUUAAUGGCACAAGAAAUACUUCUAGCAAACCUGAAAAAGUAACAGGAACAUCCAGAACAACAACAAAGAAACUACCGGCAGCCCCAAGUGCUUCACUUUCUACCAAAACUUCCAAAAGUAGAGCUGUGAACUUGUAUGCUAGAAAACACAGCAGUGUUAACCUGGAGUCUCCUCUAAAGGAUCAAAAAGGAACACAGAAAGUGAAGUCGAAGCCUGAUACUGAGAAGGUCCAGGAGAAAACUCUGCUUGCUGUCGAGGAAGAUACAGAUGACAAAGUUGUAGAACCUGUUCAAGGUGAUAGUACUCUUCAAAUAUCUUCCUCUCCUUCAGUACAAUCACUGUCAUUAUCCCUCCCGGACUCCCAAUUUUCUGCAUCUCAUGAAGAUUUUGUUGAGGAGUCGAAGUAUAUUGAUAAAGAUAUACAGCAGUCUGAAUUUACUGAUAGUGAAGAUUCAGAGGAGUCUGAAUACACUGAAAGUGAAGUAGACGGGUUUAUCUCGGAAGAUGAUGAUACUUUAAACAUUAAUGAAGUUAACAGCUCAAAAGGUAAUAACAACCAACGUCUCAAGAUAGCAAGAGGAAUCCGUUCUGGAAAUAAGGAUGAUGCAAUGACAAGGUCAAAAUUUAGGAAGGGAAGAACAGUGGACCUGCAGAUUGUGCAUAAUGUCCCUAGGAAGCUCAAGUUCAGGCGGGGAAGAACACUGGAGGGCAAUGAUGACAAGCAUGCUGCUAGGAGAAGUUUUGAGAAGAGGGAAGUCGGGGAUGGUUCAAGCGGUGCUAGCCCUAGUUCAGAAAAAGUAGUGUUGAGGCAUCAGGAUACACAGGGGAAGAAAGAUGCACAAGGUCUUUAUAACAACGUAAUUGAAGAAACUGCCAGUAAACUCGUAGAAAGCCGGAAGAGUAAGGUCAAGGCUUUGGUUGGUGCUUUUGAAACAGUAAUCUCCCUCCAAGAGAGCAAACCUUCUAUUACAACAGUUACUUGAAUGCUUAUGAAAGUUUCCUUUCUUCACAAGCUUUUAAUUGGUAUAGUACCAAAGCUUGCAGCGAGUUUAUAACGUGAUGGGUUAAAAUUAGAAAGCUUGAAUGUGUGGAUGUGUGCGGAGUCUAACCAGGGAUAUCUGACUGAUGCUGUGUGCUGAUUCUUUCUUUCGGGCAAGGUUUUUGGACAAUAUUGAUGUUUACAAUGAACUUUUUAUACAAUUGUGAAUGCUAGUUUGGAACAGGGCUGGAAAAAGAGUUUUUUUUUUGUGCAUCUCUUUUGCCUUUUUAACAUUGUGAGGUGUUUAUGUAUCUUCCAAGUCGUGGAGAAAUGUCUUUAGGACAUCUUAUGAAUAAUGCACUUGGUACAACAGUUUUUUUUAUA